AUGUCAGUCACUCUGCACACAAAUCUGGGCGACAUCAAGUGCGAGAUUUUUUGCGAUGAGGUCCCCAAAACCGCCGAGAAUUUUUUGGCACUAUGUGCUAGCGGUUAUUAUGACGGAACCAUAUUUCAUAGAAAUAUCAAAGGGUUUAUGAUACAAGGUGGAGACCCAACAGGUACAGGCAAGGGUGGAACUAGUAUAUGGGGCAAGAAGUUCAAUGAUGAGAUAAGAGAGUCUCUAAAGCACAAUGCUAGGGGAAUGCUAUCAAUGGCAAAUAGUGGUCCAAAUACAAAUGGAAGCCAGUUCUUCAUUAAUUAUGCGAAGCAGCCUCAUCUAAAUGGAUUGUACACUGUAUUUGGCAAAGUGAUCCAUGGGUUUGAAGUUCUUGAUAUCAUGGAAAAGACUCCAACUGGACCUGGGGAUCGACCUCUUGCUGAGAUCAGGCUCAAUCGAGUGACCAUUCAUGCUAACCCGCUUGCUGGGUAA